AUGGCGACCGAGAACCAACCCGACGCGAAGCCAGACUUCGAUCAGCUCGCCGAGGACCUCCUCGCCAAGAAUGUGCCCAUCAAGAGGAGCGUCGACCAGGACUGGCUCAAAUACGCCCAGACCUUCAACGCUCGUCUCCAGUACGAACCAGCUUUGAUCGUCGUCCCCAACAAGGUCCUGCACGUUCAGGAAGCUGUCGUCCUCGCUGCCAAAUACGGCACAAAGGUCCAGGUCAAGUCCGGCGGCCACUCGUAUGCCUCGUUCAGCACUGGAGGUAUAGACGGCAUCAUGGUCAUUGACAUGCAGGAGAUGCGUGAGAUUUGUGUCAACCACGUCACUGGCGUCUUUCGUGUCUCUCCUGGAGUCCGCCUGGGCGAGCUUGACAGCACUCUCUACAAUCUCGGCCGCCCUGUCGGCUACGGAAGCCGUGCUAUCGCCCACGGCACGCACCGUACGGGCUUGGCGAUGGACCAUAUUAUUGCCCUGGACGUUGUUCUCGCCGAUGGACGACACCUGGCACAGGUCUCGCGCACCCGAAACCCCGAGCUCUUCUGGGUCAGUACCUCUUUGGAGAGGAGAGCUCUGCGUGGCGCUGCUGAUUCGAUCGGAGUCGUCACCCAGUUCUACCUCCAGUCCAAGGAGGCGCCGGACACCAUCCUAAACUUCCGAUUCGCUUUCACGGGCAUCAUAAAUAACGUGAAUGACGCGGUUAAGACCUUCAAGCACGUCCAGGCCUUCGCUCAGGAUCCCGAAAUCGUUGACCGCGACCUGGGCCUGAGCGUCUUCAUCAACGGGGACGCCUUGAUCAUCAGCGGCAUUUACAUGGGACCCCAUGACACCUUCUUCAACGUCAUUCUGCCUGCUCUCUACAAUGAUCAGUGUCUGCCCGAGGCCGACAUUGUUAACAUCAAGACGCAGACGUGGGCGGAGUAUUCCGGCAUUCCGGAAGACGAUGCGACGCCCAUCAUCACGCAGAAGGACCGAGAGCAGCAGUCCAACUUCUUCGCCAAGAGUGUGACCGUCUCCAAGCCCAUCCCCGACGCCGCUCUCGUCAAGUACUUUCGAUUCCUCCAGGGUCAGGCCAAGAAGGCUUCAGUCGGUUGGUACGUCAUCGUCAACCUCCAUGGUGGUCCCGACAGCCAGAUCAACACGAGGAGCAGCUCGUUUGCAGCCUUCGGCAGCUACGACGCGCUGUGGGUGUUCCAGCACUUCGCCAGUGUUGGCGUGACGGAGAAGUUCCCCGAGGAGGGCUUCGAGCUGCUGGAGGGCAUGAACAGCGCUCUGACUCAGGAGCUCGACGAGUAUGCUGCAGAGCUCGUCUACGUCGAUCCGACCCUCUCGCGCGACGAGGCACACGAGCUCUACUAUGGUGCUGAGCUCUACCAGCGCCUCCAGGGCUGCAAGAGGUGGUACGAUCCGCUCAACCUCUUCGACCACCCGCACUCGAUUCGUGGUUAG